GCCAUCAACAAACCAAAGCAUUUAUCAGGUUUACUCUUGUCCUGCAGCGUACAGAGUUACAAAUUAUUUGAUCUUAGGUUCAAGGAUGCAAAAGCUUCAGCACUUGGGGAGUAUUUCUGGAUAGGAUUGGAAGCAUCUGGAUUAUCUGAUCGAGCUAACUUUAACAAGCAUUUUGGAGCAGCUGUUGGGGUAUUGACACCGGCAGAAAACAAGCCCAUGGAUAGACUUACCUUAUCACAGGAGUUGUGUUCUUCGUCAUGGGGACAAUUCGAUGGAGACGAUGACUACACUUUACUUUACGUGACUUCGCAUCAGCUUGAAAACUGGCUGUCAAUACCCAAAUUUCAAGAGGACUUGAGAAACAAGUUUACGAUUCGGAGAGAAGUGAGAAGGACGUUGGCCAUACCUCCAGAGGUAGACCCCACUGGUGAAGAGAACCUGGACCAGGAGAACUUGGACCAGGAGAUCCAGAAUGAGGACAGCAAUGAGAACCGGAAUAAGAGAAAGCGGGAAGAACCACUGGAAAAUGAUCAGAACCAAGAACCAAACCCAAAGAAAACUCCAGCAAAUGCACUCAACGUGGACUUUCCAGAAGAUGAAGAAGAUAACGAAGAAGAUGAAGAGGAAAUCCCCGAGGAAGAAACCGAAGACCAGCCACGGUAUGUAAGAAACAAAAAGAUUCUCAGAAAAACCAUAGAAAAGAACCCCCUAUUCAUUCAAGCAGCAUUAGCACCACCUGUGCUUAUCAGUCCAGUUCAUAACGAAGAGUUUAGAGAACCAAAGUAUGGAUGGAUGAGACAACAUCAGUUUGCUCAUGGACAAGGACAUCCAUAUUGGUGUGCUUAUGACAUAGUUGGCAGUCCUCAAUCUACUGACAAGGCUCGGGUUGAAGAAUAUGGCCGUAAGCUUCAGUACAAGUACCUAUUUAUUUUGGACGUAUGGCUCAACAUGGGUGCCGAUUAAACAUAAUAUACAUUACACAUUCUCAAAUAUAGUAGGAUGCAAAAAAAGAAUCGUCACAGACAGGAUUCGAACCUGCGCACGCAAUGCGCAACACCUUAACCACCAAAUAAAUUAGCAGGGUGUCGCCUUAACCACUCGGCCACUGUGACCAAUUC